ACUACUGCAUUAAAGGGCUCAACCACAUCUACUUGUGUACAAGUUUUGACUUUUAUAGGUGUUUUUUUUUUUGAGUUUUAUGUAAGAUUACUGUCUGGAGAUGAUUUUGGUCUAGAUAAUUCAGUUCAUCAUCUUGUUACUAUAGUUGGUAUUGGAGCAGGACUUGCACAUCAAAAGUGUGGAUCAGAGAUGGUUGCCGCUUUGUGGAUAACUGAGAUCUCUAGCCCUUUUCUACAUAUGAGAGAGCUUCUGAAAGAGAUUGGUUAUCAUGAUACUGAUCUCAAUUUAGCAGUUGAUGUUCUAUUUGCCUUCAUAUUCUCAUUUGCAAGGAUGAUUGGUGGUCCAUAUCUCACAUAUGUUACUUUGACUGCAGAUAAUCAUGUGCUUAUUAAGGUAUGACUCUUAUUAAGUCCACUCUAAUGUGAGGUUUUGGGGUCGGAGGUGCCGGUGCUGGUUGAGUUCGUGGCGGAGUGGUGCGGGCCGUACCGGUUGAUCUCGCCCGUCAUCGAUUGCGCGUCUCAGGUUCGAUUAUGGAUCCUUAACGAAAUUUUGAUUAGAGAAGCUUGUGUUAUGGUUGCAGUUGGCGAUUAAUUGACCAAUUUUGAUUGAUCGAGUAGCUGCAGUUUAUUAAUUCUCAUACUUCAGUUUAUUGAUUCUCAUAGCUCUAAUUCUUUAAUUUGACCGAGUUUUCGAAACUUCACUUAAAAGUUGAACUCUUUGGAGGACUUUGACUGCAAAGAAUGGCCAAUAAGAAUGUAGACUGACCAUUUGGAGUUACAAGUCUUAGCUUUAACUGCAGGCAAGCUGGAAGCAUGUACAAGAAUGUAAAGAAAAAGAUUGAGAGGGGCAUUGCUUUCCCAACUUGUAUUUCGGUCAACAACAUUGCAUGUCAUUACUCACCAUUGGCCGGUGAUGAGACUGUCUUGGAAGAGAAUGAUGUUGUGAAAAUUGACAUAGGGGUGUCAUAUAGAUGGUUUUAUUGCGGUUGUUGCACACAUGUACUUCAAGAAGGACGUGUGGACUGGGAGAGCAGCGGAUGUGAUUACAGCAGCCAACACUAUUGCAGAGGUUGCCCUGAGGCUUGUGAGACCAGGAAAGAAGGCAGGCCAAGAAUCCUUCAGAUCCAUUACAAGAUCCUAUUACAGAGGAGCUGCAGGCGCACUAUUAGUCUAUGAUAUCACCAGGAGGGAGACUUUUAAUCAUCUGGCAGGCCAACAUAUCACCUUCCAAUUUCAGAAGUUUCAUGUUUUGUAAUCAAAUGUUGAUGUACAUUGUUUGAAUGUUAGUUCGGUACGAUAUUUUCUGAGUUGAAAUGUUGGUAGUGUGGAUUUAAUAUUUUGUAAUUUUUAUACUAUACCGAUGUAUGUUGGCACUUAUCAUUAUGGUUGAUUAUGCUCAACAUAAUCACUUUUAUAUUGUGUA